CUUCGCUCUUCAUUCAACGCUCUCAUCCAUAUCUGUCAUCCGGUUCCUCUUCCAUUUCACAACCACUUGUUGCCAGCUCACCUCAAUGGAUCAAAGUCCCCGCCCCAAGCCCCCCCGAAAGGUGACCAAGACCACCACCACUACAACCACUGUCUUCAUCCCAGACGCCAAAAGGGCACUCAAGCCAGCAGUCUCCGUCUCCGCUGAUCCUUCGGAAAACAACCGAAUGCCGCUACUCGCAAUCUCACCCAAUGCCAGCUCAAUUCGCCCAUCUGUCGACUCUGUGCUCUCAACUCCUCCUCUGGCCCGUUCGUUUUUGUCGCUACCCUCGUCAGCCCUUUCGAGAUCAUCUCUUCGCACCCCAAUAAGUCGAUCGCAUCUCAUCGAGUCAUCUCCCUUGGCCCCCACGACCCCCACACAUCCUCCUCCGUCAUUGCCCAAAUUCCACUCUGGAUCGAACGCCAGGUCAACUCCAUUAUCCGUCUCACCAAACUCACUAUCCGCCAAGAAGCUUGACAUAACCGAGCCUCAGCUCAUACCUACAACAACAACAGAUCCGAGUGGACGCCCCUUCAGGUCCAAAGAGCUCCGGAGCAGCAACUCCAAACCUGAUAUUCACUUCAAAACUCCAAACCCUCAUAAGAGCGCCGCUUUGAGCCCAGCUCACUCGAAUCUCGCUCAAAGCUCAGCGGUCUUCACACGAACUGCUGGACACGGCUCCCGAUCCAGUAUCGGCUCUGUCACUCAACUGAUACAGCCUCCUGCGGCUUCUGAGCCUGUUGCUCGUUUAGUGUCCCCGCGGCCACGUUUGCCAACCCAACCCCAAACCAAGAAGGGCCGCCCAACACAACCUGCCCACGCUCUUCAGGUCGGAGACAGGCAGUUGGUGCCAGGAUUACCGCCUCUGGAAGCCCUCCAACAGUGGCGCGCCCGGUUCAAUCGAUUGGUUCUCUUCUUUGACUCGGUCGACGUCAAAAAAGUACAACAGUACACCAAGGCCGUGAAGCAACUCGGAGCGAGAGUGGCAAUAGCCCUCGGAGCAGAAGUUACUCACAUGGUCAGCGGUCACCCCAAUGUCAAGGAAAAAGUCGCCAUGAUGCGCAACCCCGAUCACAUGACUCGAGAAGAAGACAACUUUACGAUAUGCAAGCGACUCGGCAUCAAAGUUUGGCCGCUCCCGAAGCUGGAUCUGCUCCUCCGAAGCCUCUCUCGGGAUCAGCUCCAACCCUCAAAUGGUCUUCAGGGAGCUGUCAUGCAAGAAUUGAUGCAUGGUAUAUCGACCCACAAGCAUGGCUCUCGCUCCGCUCCCUACUUUCAUUCUUUUUCAUCACCGUUUCUUCUGGUCGAAGAUUCGACGUAUGCCUAUCGCCCUAUUAUCGCAAAGGAGUUCCCCCUGACAACCAAAGAUGAUGCAAGGGCAACAUGGCCUACCAUACGGUGGGAAAAUGCCCGCAGCCACCUCUCGAUCUUUGUCCCUCACGACCAGGCUCGAUCUCGCAAGCAACCGACUGGAAAGGACCUCUCCCCGCUGAAGUCACAGGAUAUCAACCUGCAUGGUGAUAUUGAUGGGAAGCAUCGGCAAGGAUCCCGGACAAGCGCGGACGAGCAAGGCCCAAUUGCAGACGAAAAUGCCUCCGCUAGCUAUGUAGAUGCUAAGCACCGCUUCAUGACAAGCAUGGCAAGCGCUAGCAACUCGCAGGCUGCUUCUGGUCUCGUUUCUAUGGCCACUACAUCCGCAUGGACGCUUACCAUGAGCAAAGACUCUCGCGGCAAGACCCGGGCUCCCCUUCCUUCACUGGGACAUAGAACCAUCAUCCUUGAUAAAACAUCGCAAGUGGCCAGGCCAUGCACAAGUCAAAAACGCAAGUUAUCAGCGGUCGAUAUCCACACAACAGAAGAUGUGGGGCCAACCAACUCAUCACAGGAACGAACGGGACGAAAGUCCCUGAAACCCACCAAGCCCACGCCCCGAUUCACGGGAAAGUCAUUUUAUAAACGACCGGGAUACUGCGAAAACUGCAACGAAAAAUAUGACGAGUUUCGGAAGCAUAUUUUGACCCCAACACACCAGUCGUUCGUUCGCUCGUGCGAUCAGAAGUUUCGGGAUCUCGAUGCACUUUGCGAGAAAAUCGUCCGAGUGCCACUCCCGUCUCCGUCUAGGUCAAGCCCCGAACUCGACGAAAAUCACCCGUGGCACGAUUCGACAAAACGAGCGGAUGCGAUUGAUGAUGCCAACAACGAGCUAGAAACGGGAAUAUCCGAAACGCGCCUAUAUCCUCAAGAAUCGAUCGAGGCUCACUUACAAGAGCAACACCACACCUUCCAGCAAAUACCCAGGCCAUAUUAUGACCUCGCCAGCGCCCAGCCAGCUAAUCUCCCUUUCCAACCACCGCAACCAAACCUCGCUCCAGCAGACACAACUAACGACCGUGGUUGUGUGCUCGUCCGGCCUGAGCCUCUCCUGAGUCCCGGACGUGGCCUGGCAAGCAUGCAAAUAGAUAAGGCCGAGACUGUCAGCGAGACUGAUAACCGCCUUGAAGAGAACAUCUUUGUUCCACCCUCACAUCUUGCAACAGAAGUCCUCUCGACCUUGCCCCACUCGUUGUCGCCUACUCAUCAUUUGCACAAACGCGCCUUUGCCCCGCUAGGUGAACCUUCGACUGACUCUUCCUUCUCUGGGAGAGACAUGCUACGCUCUCCGACCUUGAGGCUAUCUCGAACGGCACAUGUGCCCCGCUCGCUUGGAAGCCCUCAUGCCGCCAAGUUUGGUGGUAAUCCACAACUCUCUGCCGCAUUGGGCAGAACCCCGCCUCUGACAUUCAAAAUCCCCACGGUGGUCGCCCGGGGCCAUUCGCGUCCUGUUGGAGCAUUCGAAAGCAACUGCGCCGUCGCCUCCUCCUCAACAUGCCUCGCUGACAACACCGACCGCCUCCCAAACUACGGAACAUCGUCUCUUGAAGCGCCCGAUUCGGCCGAUAAAUGCAAGAUAUCGGUUACUGAUUCGAUCGCAGGCACAAUGCUGUCUGGGUCGGCUCGACUGGAGAUCGAUACAGCCGCCAUUCAACCCCACAAAUGGCCUUCAAACUCGCCUACGAUGGCAGUAGAAAUUCCCUUUGGUGUGGAGGCCUAUCUCACCAGAAACGUGGACCUCAUGCCCAUAUCCGCAGAUCCCGGGCACCCAUCUGAUACACUCUGCAUCACCAGCGUCCAUAGAUCUCGCGGAAGUGAGACAACCGUCCCCACAGCCGUCCCCACAACCAUCCCCACAACCGUCCCCACAACCGUCCCGGCGAAAGCAAAGGAUAUUCGCUGCGUCCUCCGCCCAGCCGCCAAGUGCCCGCCUGCGGCGACAAAUUCAGACUCUGUUUUGACCCAUGACUCAUUGCGGGCAUUGGGUGCCGAUCGUCAAUCGCUGUGCGACAACUCCAAAUCCAGCACAGGCGACGCUGUAAACGAUCAAACUCUAGCGCGGCCCACAAGCCUGAAGCGUAACAGAUCAAAGGAUGGCGCAAUCAACCGAAGCUCUGACCCAGAGUCCUCAAUGUCCUCAGUGUCUGCUGUGUCUGCUGUGUCUGCUGUGUCCACUAUGACUUCUGCGUCCGCUGUGUCAUCAGACACCUCGUCUGACCUCGACGAGCCCAAGCAAUCGUACUUGAAGAUAUACGACAAUCUGGUCAGCAACUUGGAUGGAAACGUGGAUACCCGCUCGACCUCUGAGGAAGAGGCGGAAUCGGCCCAUCGUCUUGACGUGAGACAGAUUCGACGCAGUCGGCAAAGACCUAGCAAGGCUGACAAGAUCUCGACAACUUCAACGUCCGAUAUCGAUACUGACUCCCUCCUGAAGCAGCCGUUUAUCCACAUGGCCAGCGGCGAGCGUGGCGUCUCGACCCAUAAAGCGCAACCGCUUGCUCAAAUAACUUGCAAGGAUGACCAAGAUACCGAUGGCAACACACCUAAAGCCCCUAAGCCGGAACAUAUCCAGCGCCAUGAUGGCAAAGAGAUUCUAUCCAACUCUGCGUCUGGACCCAGCCUUCCUGGAUUGCAGAUCGAUAUACUCGACUACCUCGAGCCUAUGGCGGAGUCGCCUCGCGAGAGCGUCAUAGCGACGGAGCCAUCAGCAAUGGUCGACUACGAGCCUGCGGCUACCUCUGACCCAGCCAUCCGAAAAGAUGAUGUGCAGAGACAGACGCGGCGCUCGUCGCGGAGAACGAGCCAAUCAGGAACACGCUCGGGCAAGACUGGCGAGGCUGCUCACCAAAAUGGCCAUGCGACGGCCACUACGGAAGGGUGCCCAAACUCGACCCUCGGACUGGCACAAAGGGAGAGAGAGGUGGCUGAAUCGCCAGAGGGAGACGCGCGAAUUUUCGUCCGAGUCAACUUUUCGAAAAAGUCGGUCAGGUUGAACUAUGCCUAGUACAAGCCAUCUUCGACCACGCGAUGUGGGCGCUCCGUUGAGCCGAUCCCGAAUCCGUGAGCGGUAUGCUCGUCAAGGCUGUAGCGAGCGGCUGUCCAAGUCGUAUAUCUUGGCAAAGCAGCUCGCAGAGCAAAGUGCGAUCUUCUGCCAUGUGAUGCAUCGUACCAUGGUCCUUUUGUUUUUUGGAACACCAAUACACAGACCAAUGUCCGCACAA